GAAAAUUAAUUAACAAAAAUAAUUUUUAUAAUAUUACAUCAUUAAAUAACAACUUUGCAUUAUCAUCAAAAACAAAUAACAAUAAAUAUAUAUUCAUUAGAAACAUGUCAACUAACGUAGAAAAAGUUGUUAUUAUUGGUUCAGGUCCAGCUGGUCACACUGCUGGUAUUUAUGCUGGUAGAGCUAAAUUAAAUCCAUUAAUGUUUGAAGGUUUUAUGGCUGCAGGUGUUGCUGCUGGUGGUCAAUUAACUACUACUACUGAAAUUGAAAAUUUCCCAGGUUUCCCAACUGAUAUUUCAGGUCAAGAAUUAAUGGAUAAAAUGAGAGAACAAAAUGAAAAAUGUGGUACUAGAAUCGAAACUAAAACUAUUGCUAAAGUAGACUUAAAAUCAAAACCAUUCAAAGUUUUUGUUGAAGAUGAAGAAGAUAAACCAAUUUUAACAGAAUCAAUUAUUCUCGCUACCGGUGCUACCGCCAAGAGAAUGGGUGUACCAGGUGAAGAAAAGUUUUGGAGUAAAGGUGUUUCAGCCUGUGCUGUUUGUGAUGGUGCUCUCCCAAUUUAUAGAAAUAAACAUUUAGUCGUAGUUGGUGGUGGUGAUACUGCUGCUGAAGAAGCUACUUUCCUUACCCAUUUUGCCUCAAAAGUUACAAUGUUAGUUCGUCGUAAUACCAUGCGUGCCAGUAAAGCUAUGCAAGAAAGAGUUAAAAACAAUGCAAAGAUCAAUGUUCUUUGGGAUACCGUUUUAGUCGAAAUUAAAGGUGAUGAUAAAGUUAAUGCAGUUGGUAUUGAAAACGUUAAAACUGGUGAAAAAUCUGAUCUUGAAGCUCAAGGUCUCUUUUAUGCUAUUGGUCACACCCCAAAUAGCUCUUUCUUAGGUGGUCAACUCGAUGUUGAUGAAACUGGUUAUAUCAAAACUGUUCCAGGUUCAUCCAAAACAUCUGUUGAAGGUGUUUUCGCUUGUGGUGAUGUUCAAGAUAAAAUUUAUAGACAAGCUAUUACUGCUGCUGGUUCAGGAUGUAUGGCCGCUUUAGAUUGUGAACGUUAUCUCUCCCAUUGA